AUGUUCCAGAGAGGUUCUCGUGUAAAUCAAGAGUGGAAGGUGGAUCACAAGCCUGGGGAGAAACUCACAGAGCGCAACCAGGAACGUGACACCGACCACGAGAGUGCAUCGUUUACAGAGACUCGCGCUGCCGUCUCCAAAUGGGGAUCGCGUGUCGCGCUCAAAGCGCCCGAAAGCAAAGCUGAGGCCGAGAGUACUUACAUUUUCCCUUGUCGUUUUGUUCUUGGAUGGUUUAAGCUGUGGACACAAACACGAACAUGCAUGUAAAUCCGAAAUUUCAUUGUCAUGGAACAUUUUCUCACGAGGUGAAAAUUGUGGAACUUGAUGCUACAGUAUACCAACCGGUUUCUACAAAUGAAUUCAUCCUUCAACAGGUGUGACGGGUAUCGCUGUAGGAGUAUUUCACGUUGCCGCCGGGUCUUGUUUCGCUGUGCCGUUGGUGACCAUGCUGAUCUUCUUUCGGCGCCGCUCCCGCUCAGGCCCUCGUAUGUCGCGCAAUAAUAUGCAAGAGGCAUUGGGCGUGCUCAAGAGUGAGUACGGCUCCCUUUGCUAAUGAACGCGGCCUCACUCCGGAGGCGUUGGUCGACAUGCUGAAGGUGAGAAAAGAAAAGUGAAGAUGAAAAAUGUGACACAAAUAAGUGUUCGUUACUGUAUGCCGACUCAUUUUCUUCCGAGUCUACCAAUCUGGUGAUACGAAGUUAGGCAUAUAGGUAGGUCGGAUUUCUUAUAAAACAAACGUGAAAGACAAAGAAUAUGGAACAUAUGCAGCGGAAUUGUACUUGAGAUUCAAUUCGCUAAAAAUCAAAAUAUCACAAAAAUAUGAACGAUGUAGUUGCUUUGGUCCACGUCUCACUGUACAUACAAGCUUGCAGCUGUAUUCGUGCAUUCUUAUCGCUUAAAUGACUAGAGCUACGGUGCCGAAUGUUAUCUGUCAGAUCGAAGAUUUGGAGAAAAGAUUCAGAAUUUAUUUGUAUCUAUGUUUGAAUAUCAAUAUGAUUACUGGACAUUGAAUAAGGGAAUUUCUGAGCGAAUUACUCAACUAUGAUAAAUUUUUUUUAAGUCAGAAGAUGGCAGUCAAGGGCAUGAGGAAAUUAGACAUGGUCUUAACUGAAAAUGUUGUUCAAUUGAUCUCAAUAGCUCUGUGCGGCAGUGCAGACAUCUUGCCGCCAGAGCGGUCAGAUAUCUGUAUCAUCUUCGAGCUUGAGAUUGAUUUUGCUCCAAUGCCAGAAGAAGGACCUACUCACAAUUUGCAUCAAAUUAGAAGCACAGAACGUCAUCAUGCUACUCCGCAUAAUUAACUUGCGUACCUAGAAGCGAUGACUAUAGUUUUGCGCUAUCAACCUGAUUGUAGUAGACGCUUAACCAUGUCUAAUGUGACGAAAAGUAACCGGCAUAAAGAGAUGCUGUCAUAGGAAAGAAAAGUCAGGCAGCAGAAAACUCUGGCGGGAGUGGCUCUGAUGUGCCAGGGGGGCGCGUGCAAGCUACCUAAUCAAUGCAGCAGAGAACACUUCACUCACCGUCGCUCAGCACCAAGUGCGUGGACUGAAGAAGACAAUGAUCGGCCCGAUGAGCACGGUCACGAGACUGCCGUAACACCAUUUUCCUAAAAACGACGCUGGACAGGUCGUAGCAUAGCCACAAAAUGAAAAUCG